GCCUAGCCGUAUAUGGACGUGUCGUGUCCAAAUUCCAAAUUAAAUCAUUAAUUGACGCGAACAGUUUUUAACACGAUGUACUGAUUUAUAUCGGGUGUGGCUAUGGAAAACUGAGCCAGAUUGUACGUUUUGGCAUUCUCACUGAACGAGGGCAAGGUGUAACAGAAGCCCAGUUAAACAUCGCUAACCACAUUCUUUUGAUCGCAAAGAUGUGUGUUAGCAAGUUACGCUACAGCAAAGCGACAAAUAUACAAAUCUUGUUUGAAUCGGAGCUGGAGCUGAGAGAAAUUUUUGCAGCGGUGAAGCAGUGACAAUCUCAGGAGAAGGCCUCACUGUCACCAUGCAUCCGGCACUCCCCAUCACUCUUGUGUUUGUAGGCUGCUGCAGCAAUGUCGUCUUCCUGGAGGAAAUCACAAAAGUGUUUCCUAACUGUGGAAAUCUUAUCACAUUUUCUGCUUUCCUGUUCAACUGCAUUGAAGGACUUAUCUUCACCACCAAGUUUCUCACCAAGCCGACGUCCGUACCCAUCAAGUAUUACCUUGUUAUGGUGACUUUCUUCUUUGUGGUGCAGACUUUGAACAAUUUCACACUUGGAUUCAACAUAGCUAUGCCUCUACACAUGAUUUUCAGGGCUGGUUCCCUGAUUGCUAGUUUGAUCUUGGGUGUCCUUAUUAUGAAGAAAAAGUACAAGAUGACCAAGUAUCUCUCAGUGGUCCUGAUCUCCAUCGGUAUAGUUGCCUGCACCAUUGCUUCAGCCAAUCAAAAGGAAGACCUGGCAAGCCUCACGGGGGAUGAGGCCUACGACUACUUCAUUUGGCUGACAGGACUUUUCCUCCUGGUCCUGUCUCUGUUCCUGUCUGCCAGGAUGGGCAUCUUCCAGGAACAGACGUACGCCCAGUAUGGCAAACACCCCUCGGAGGCCUUGUUCUACAAUCACUUUCUGCCGCUGCCGCUGUUCCUGUUCAUCAUGCCGGACAUCUACAACAGCUUUAAACAGUUUACCCAGUCAGAUCCCUAUGAAGUGCCUGUGAUUGGUGUCACGGUGCCCUGGGCACUCCUGUGGCUCCUCUUCAACACCACCACACAAUUUGUGUGCAUCAAGAGUGUGUUCACUCUUACGACAGAGUGUACCUCCCUGACGGUGACCUUGGUGGUGACCUUGAGGAAGUUUAUCAGCCUGGUGUUCUCCAUCAUCUACUUCCGCAAUCCGUUCACGAUGGUUCAUUGGGUUGGGGCUGCUCUUGUCUUCAUUGGUACCCUGAUGUUUGUGGAUGUGCUGUCCCGAUUUGCCUGGUACCGUAGACUGGAGGCAUUGAUCGAGAAGAAGGAAGAGAAGGCCAAACAGUGAAAGAGUGCUGUUUGUGUUCUGCGCAGUAGAUGGAGUCAGGUCUUUUGGUGCUGGACAGUGGAGAAGACCUGAAGAGAUCUGUUUAAAAAUCAGACUUUUUCUCUUUUCAAAACUCGUUUCUGAUGCCUUAAUUAAUUUGGGAAAGACAGUAGUAAUUUGUUAUGAAUUUAUGUUAAAAGCCCCAGUCCCCUCCUCCCUGACAUACAAUGGAGCCCGCUUAAAUCACUUUUUUGAAGAAAAUGUGUUUCCAUAAAACAAAUUUAUAGUUCCACCAUUUUUUUACAAUGUGUCA